AUGGAUCUGAGGGCGUUCCGUAGUGACCGACUGAAACAUGAAGCAGCUUCGUUUGCAGAAACUGGUUUAGAAGAAGAGGAGAACGGUAAUUCUAAAGACCUAGUUCCACAAAUUCUUCUAUUCCUUCUCUCUGAUUGUGAGUUUCCCAUUCCCAAAAUGGCAUCAUCACCUCGGACUCUUCAAUUUCAUUCCUUCUCCAUUCAGCCGUCAAUUUGGGUUUCAAAGCACCAGAUUUCUCCAAAUUUUGUGGAAAUUAGGAGAGAAUUUGUGUUAUCUCAUGGCCAACUCAGGUGGAAUCCACCAGUAACCAAUCCAUUGUUUCAAUUGAGAGCCAUUAAUGACUCUGUAAGCGCUGAAGACGAGCAACGUCCCCAAGAUGGGGUUAUCAAGGCUGGCCCUAAAGAUAUUGCCUUGGAUUUCAAACACCACAUUUCCAAAUUACAAGGAACUAUUUCCACUUUCCCUCCCAUUGUUUUUGUGACGAGAACGCAAGCUAGAGGAAGUAAUUUUAUAAUCUGGUUAUGCCUUGUGACUGCAUUUCUGGUCAUUGCUGUGAGAGUAUAUGCGGUGAGGAAGUCAAGGUACAACCGUCCUGGCUCUGUAGCUGAUCUUGUCAGACGUGGGCAAUUAAGAUCUGAUAGAAGAGGCAUCUCAAGGCCUCUCAAAUAUGAGGAUCCAUUCAAUAAUCCAUUGGUGAAAGUUGGUAAGAGCAAUUCCACUGUGGAGAUGUGUGGGAAAGUUUAUCGCUUAGCUCCAGUUACACUUACAAAAGAGGAACAAGCUAUCCAUCAGAAAAGGAGGUCGCGGGCAUACCAGUGGAAGAGACCAACUAUAUUCCUUAAAGAAGGAGAUUCUGUACCUCCUGAUGUUGACCCUGAUACAAUCAGAUGGAUUCCUGCAAAUCAUCCUUUUGCAACUACUGCCAGUGACAUUGACGAAGACCUGGCCCAAAAUAAUGUUUAUCUGAAACGUGGUGUUCCAUUCCGUAUCCAAGCUGAGCAUGAGGCACUACAGCGAAAGCUAGAAGCACUGCAAAAUGAGCAAAAACUCAAUAAAUUAGUCAUUGACACCAGCAAUGCUAAAGAUUUUGAAAGGCCAUUCAAGUUAAAUCAAAAGUCAAACGAGCUUAUAGAACAGAGCCCCGUCAACAAUCAAGCUGGCGACACUAAGCCUUUGAAAUCAGAUGUUGCUCCAAAUCCCUUGAACAGCACUUUAUCCGCAGAGGAAAUGCAGAAGCCAUAAACUAGUUUGGGACUUUAGCAUCAGUGACAUCCAUCAGAUAUAUUUGUUUUGCAAUGAACUCUGGAUUUUCUUUUAUCUUUAGAAAAGUCGGGAUGUGGAGAUUUCCAGCGGCAAGAAUUUCAAUUUUAGCACAUACCAGUUGUUCAGUUAUAAAAUUUGAAGAUAGACAGUGUAUAUAAUGGCAUUGGCGGAUGUACUGUUUAUUUUGUUUUGCAAAUUGCAAUGCAUGUCUCCAGAGAACUGACCUGCGUUGCUCGCACAUAUAUGAGUUGUACCCCUCAAAUAGAUGAGCUGAAUUUUAUCAUAUGUAUCUUCAGAAGAUUAUAGUUAUUUCUUUGAUUUGUAGAUUAUUUUUUGACCA